AUGGCAGAGAGCUACACUUUGAGGAUCUUGAGCUCAAGCAUCGCGGUAGCGGACUCGCCUUUAAACAUCUCUUCCUCGGUGAGGAAAAAUACCCCCGAGAACUAUCUCUUCAGCCUCGUCCGCCAAACCGCGUUCUUUUCACCGAUUCACCGGCAUGCCUUCGAUCAAUUCCGGUACUCAUUCCGCGGCGACGUUUCCAUCGCACCAGAUCUUCUUCUCCGUGAAGGAGAGUUGUGCUACCAUCCGGAAGGUGUUUAUUACGGGCCACAGCUCGAUGAAGGUGGCGAACGCGAUGUGUUGGUCUUGCAAUUCGGUGGAGCCAGUGGCAAAGGAUACCUCAGCUUUGCACAAAUGGCGGAGGGUCAGGAAAAAUUGAAAGAGGCUGGCCGAUUUGAAAAGGGCAAAUAUUACCCUGCAGGUGGCGGUGAGCCAAAGGAUAGCUAUCAGGCUCUUUGGGAGAGCUAUUCGGGUCUCCCGCUUGAAUACCCCGCACCACGAUAUCACUCUGUGAUUGUUUCAAAGCCAGAGAAUUACUCAUGGGUGCCGUUGAGUGAAUCUAACAAUGCAUUUGCGCGGACACUUGGUAUCUUUACGGAGAGGGAAACCAAGGCGGAUAUGAUCAAGAUCGGAGCCCGUGGGAAGGUUCAGAUAGACGGGACAAACGCUAUACAGUUAAUCUUUGUGCUCAAGGGUCAAGGUACAGUUGAGGGAGACUCCUUGGAGGUAGAGUCUGCAGUGCGUUUAUCUCCAGAAACUGGUAUCUGGCUCUCUUCGGAGACUGGGAUGGAAUUGCUUCGUUUUGUUCUUCCUGUACUGCAGCGAGACAUUAGCGCAUAA